AUGGUGAAGAAUCCUAAACCCCCGGAGUCUGCGAAGAGGAAAAGAUCCUCAGACCAUGGAGAUGAAAUGCAGAAGAGGAUGUGUCCUGAGAGCAUUUCCCUUGCUGAAGAUGGGUUCAGUCGAUUCGAGGAGAAGCUGAAGUUGAUGAUUGAAGAGUGCACGAGUAAGUUGUUUGCGGAGAUUAAGCUAUGCGAGCAGCAUCCGGACCCCAAACCUGAGGCUCCUAAACAGAAAAACAAGCCGUCUGGUGAAGAGGGGGAAGCUAAGGGCCCUAAGUCGUUUGACAUCUUCAUUGAACCUCAACUACACUGGUGGCAGGAAUUGGUCAUGCAGACGCAAUGGCUUGCUGAUACGCACAUGGACGCAAUAACAUACAUGUUUCGUCAGCGAAUGAAAUUGCACCCGGAGUGGUUUAGGAGAGAUCGAAUUUGCUUUGCUGAUAGUGGUCUUAGUAUGUUGUGGACGAGAGACAAGUACGAGAGGUUUAAGAAUUCUGUGCCGGAUAAACAUGGACUAGGAAGCUGA